UGUACUUAACUCAUUUCAAUUCGGUAAACAACACCAAUCUUCUCUGAACCUACACUUACUAUACCGAUUCCAAAAAAAAAAUGGAAAUGGUAUCUCCAUCUCAUUUUUUAUUUAUGUUCAUUUGUAUCUUUAUUAUAUAUAAAGUACUGGAUUAUAUAUAUAAAGUACUUCAGUUUAUAUAUAAAGUAUUGCCGUUUAUACUUCAAAAAAUUUCAUCACCCCUUAAGAAGAAUGAUCAAGUUCCAUCAUUGAAUCAAUCCACACCUGCCUCUUCUUCCCGACCUUGUAAAUAUGACGUUUUUCUUAGUUUUAGAGGAGAAGACACCCGCAAGACCUUUGUAGAUCAUUUAUACUCGGCUCUUGUAGAUCGGCAAAUCCACACUUACAAGGACGAUGUAACACUUCCCCAAGGUGAAGAAAUCAGCCCAACUCUCUUCAAGGCUAUCGAAGAAUCACGAAUUGCUGUUGUAGUUUUCUCCAAAAACUAUGCCCUUUCUUCAUGGUGUUUGGAAGAACUUGCAUAUAUUAUGAAACUUAGAGAUGAGAGGGGGUUUAUCGUUAUGCCCAUAUUUUAUGAUGUGAAUCCCUCAGAACUGAGAAAACAAAACGGGGAUACCAGAAAAGCUUUUGACAAUAAAGAGGGGAAGAAUACCACCAGAAUUGAAACAUGGAGAAAAGCACUUGUUGAUGCAAGUAUGAUUGCUGGAUGGGAUCCCAAAAACAUUGCCAACGGGCAUGAAUCAAAAGCCAUCAAAGUAAUCGUUGAUACAAUUAUCAAUAGAUUGUCCCCUUUAAAUUUUGAGGUUGACGAGCAUCUUGUUGGGAUGACGACCCGCUUGCAAGAUUUAAAGUCACGAUUAGAAAUUGGGUCACCUGGUGUGCGCAUGGUCGGAAUAUGGGGGGUUGGUGGCAGUGGUAAGACUACACUUGCAUCGUCUCUCUAUAUGGAAAGCUCUUGUUAUUUUGAUGGUCACCACAUUGUUGAGAAUAUUCGGGAGGAAUCAAACAAAUAUGGUUUAAAAAGGUUGCAAGAAAAUAUUUUAUCAGCUUUUCUGAAAGCAAAAGUAGAAGUACAUAGUAUCGUAGAAGGAAAGCACAUGAUAAAAAAUAUGUUACGUCAAAGAAAUGUGUUGAUAAUUCUUGAUGAUGUUAAUGAUGUUGACCAACUAGAGGCAUUAGCUGGAUCACAUAAAUGGUUUGGCAGUGGGAGCAGAAUAAUCAUCACAACUAGAGAUGAACAUUUGUUAAGAACCCAUAAGGUAGAUGAAGUUUGUCCUAUCCGACUAUUAUCACAUGAUGAGGCUAUCCAACUCUUUAAUAUACAUGCAUUUAAUGAAAAGGACCCUAUAGAAGAUUAUGACACACUUUCAUUACGUGUGGUUUCUUAUGCUGCUGGCCUCCCAUUGGCACUUAAAGUUUUCGGUUCUUUUAUUUACGGCAGAAAAAAGAAUGAGUGGAUAAGUGCCUUGGACAAGUUAAAAGACCUUCCGGAUCUUAAGGUCAUGGAUAUACUAAAAGUUAGUUAUGAUGGACUUGAAACAUACCAGAAAAAGUUAUUCUUGGAUAUUGCAUGUUUUUUUAGGGGAGAGAGAAAAAGUAAGGCAAUGAAGAUACUUGAAGCUUGUGAUUUUCACCCUGAAAUAGGUACAGAGGUGUUAAGGCAAAAAUCUCUCAUAACUAUUGUGGAUGGUAGGUUUGAUAUGCAUGAUCUAAUUCAAGAAAUGGGACAUUACAUUGUUCGAGGGGAACAUCCAAAUAAUCCUGAAAAACACAGUAGAGUUUGGAAACGUGAAGAAAUAAUUAACAUGUGUUUUGGGGAUGCAACAAUGGAAAAUGAAAUUAUUGAAGCGAUAGAGUUUGAUGGUUAUUCAUGUGAUCAUGAUCAGUCAUCACGAUUCUGUAAGAUCGUCUCAAACAUGAAGAAACUAAGGUGGCUUAAUGUGGGGAUGGGUGUGGGCGAGUAUGAAGGCCCUAAUUUUCUUUCAAAUGAGUUGCAAUAUAUUAAAUGGCACGGGUAUCCUGCAAGUUCAUUCCCAAAAAGUUUCCAACCAAUGAAGCUUGUUGUUUUAAAAUUGCAGGGGAGCAUGCAAACAGAAGUUUGGGAGGGUUGCAAGCAUCUACCACAUUUGAAAGUGCUUCAACUCCGUCAUAUGAAGAAGCUACUCAGCACACCAGAUUUUCAUGGACUCCCGUGCCUUCAAAAGCUGACACUUUUUUGUUGUUAUGAGCUAGAGGAGAUUCACCCAUCACUUGAAAAACUUACAAGUCUUGAAUACUUAAAAGUAUCAGAUUGUCCCAAGCUUAGAAUGUUUCCAACAAUCGUUCAUAUGGAGAACCUCAAGAAACUAGGAAUAGAAGCUUGUUGUUUGGAAGAUGGAGAAAUCCCUUCUGGUAUUGGUGAGUUAUCAAACUUAAAAGAGCUAAAUCUAAGCUGGAAUGAUUUUUCAAAAUUAAGUUUCAGCCUCUCGCAACUUACUCGACUUAAAGUCCUCAACCUAUUAGGUUGCAAAAAGCUUCUUGAACUGCCCAAGCUCCCAUCAAACUUAGCUAUUCUCCUAGCAGACGGUUGCAACUCACUUACAACCGUUGGAGAUUGUCAUCAAAAUUGUAAAUGGUUAUGUCAAGUGUCACUUAGGGGAGGGGGUAUCAUAAACGAUGGUGGCAGGUUACUACAAUCCAUGCUUGAGGUAUUCAAGGCACUCUCUCUACUUUUUAAUAUCAAUUAA